AUAAAAGCUGUGCAGGAGCAACAGAUGCUCAGAAGUUGCUGAAAGUUUGAGAAGAACAGAGUGUUGGGAUACACUACCCAGAUACACUACCGGAACUAUGAUGCGUCUCCUGUUGCUUCCACUCUUCCUGCUCAGCCUAUCCGUGGCAUGCAUGGGUCAGACGUUUCAGUACUCCAGGGGCUGGACCAAUGGAAAGCGGGCCCUGCAUCCUGUUUCGCCACUGAUAACAAACGGAUACUUCCAUCGGAUUAACGAGUUGGGGUUUUCUGAUCUCGACGAUAUGCCCGAUGGGAAGAGCGAUCGCUGGCUACAAAUAUGCCUGUCAAAACUUCAGAAAUCAUUGAUUAAUCGGAACCCUGGAGAGGGCUUGAGUUUAAAACGGGUGGACACCGAUUCUGGUGAUAUCAACUUGAAAUCCAGACUCAAUAACAAUAAUAUCGACCAUGUUCUUUACUCAAUUUCCAACCCGAAUCGUAAUCAACAAACAAAUGACAUUUUCGAAGAAUUUAAAACAACUGGAAGAAUUUUACCUGAAACCAAUGUAUAUGGAAAACAGUAGACAUGGAAACCACAACGAUAUUGAAUGAUUGUUUAUGAAACUAGCAAUAAAUGCUAACGAAAAUUGUGAAAUAUUGUAUAUUAACUAUAAAAAUUAAACCCUAGUUUUGCAAAUAAAGAAAAUUUUAAAAAAUUAUUAAAAUUUUAAUGUUUUUAUCCAAGUAGCAAUCUUAGCACACUGUAUUUCAUAAUAAAUUAAAUUCAAAUGGCACUCGUAUUUGUAAUUUAUUAUAAAAAAAUAUUAAGUACAUACAUGUAUCUUUCACAUUUUCAUGUGAUUUAUGCUUAACUUUAAAUAAAAUCAAUAGGACAUCAA